AAUCCUCUACUCCUCUUCAACACACUCUUCACUCACUCAGAUCUUCUUCUUCUUCUCUGACUUUCUCACUUCGCCAAAGUGUCGGCAGCUCUUCCUCCCACCUUCCCCGAUACUUUUAUUGUUCAUACCUUCUCUUAUUCAGCCGACGAAAACAAUCCAGAUUUCAGAUAGUAAUCUGCAAUGCACAAGAUAAAAUUUCUUCAACUCCUGUACCUGGAAGGAAACAAGAUUUUCUAGUGGCAGACACCACGACAAGCGGGAUUCCAAGUCAUCCAGCCACGUCAAGAAGGAUUUUCUAGUGGUAGAUUUUCUAGUUGAUUUUUCUGUGAAUUUGAUUUGCUGGGUAUCAGGGAAAUUUAGAGUUUUGAGUUGAAGUUGUGAUUGGAAAGAUGUUGGGUCGUUCUCCCCUUUUGAGGGCUGGGAGUUUGCGGCCCGAAAACUUGGGUCAACAUGCUCUAGCUAUGAUUGGAAAUGUGUGUUUCAGUAUCUUUGUUGUUGGGGUUUUGAUUUUCACCAUUAUUGCUGCGACUUAUGAACCCGAGGAUCCCCUUUUCCACCCGUCUGAUAAGAUAUCCACCUUCCUUACAUCGACCUCGAAUGCUACGUUUGAGUCAGAUAAUACAGUCAUAAAGACUGGGGAAGAUUUCAUGGCUGCGAAUCAGACUGCUUUUAACACUUUUAUAAACAUCACUGAUGUAGCUGAUAAUGCUGAGAUUGCGGCUAGUACGGGUUCUGAUUGUGGGGAUGAGGUUGGUAAACCUAUUGAUUGUAAGGAUCCGGAAGUUUUCCAUACUAUGAUGAGAGCUGCUAUUGAGAAGUUUAAGGACAUCCAUUUUUACCGAUUUGGGAAGCCGGUCCGUGGUUUGGAUGAUAAUACUUGUGAUAUGGCGUGGCGGUUUAGACCUAAAGAAGGGAAGACUGCCUCACUUUAUAAAGAUUAUCGGAGAUUUGUGAUCUCCAAAGCAGAGAAUUGUUCUUUGAGUGUGACUGAUAUAGGCGAGUACCACAGUGGUGUUAAUGCGAGGAAGAGGAAGCCAAAGAAGCAAGCCGUGUUUGAGAAAGAAGGCCAACAAGGUGGUGAAUCAGCUUCUUUGCCGGUUGUUGGGGAGAUGGUUAAUGAUAGUCUUCCCGUUGUUGAAUCAGAAGCCGCAUUUAAGAAUGGGAAAUACUUGUAUUAUGCUGGGGGUGGAGAUCGGUGUAAGAGCAUGAAUCACUACCUUUGGAGUUUCUUGUGUGCACUUGGUGAAGCUCAGUAUUUGAACCGUACAUUGAUCAUGGACUUGAGCAUUUGUCUAUCAUCUAUGUACACAAAAACGGGUCAAAACGAGGAAGGAAAGGAUUUUCGAUUUUAUUUUGAUUUCGAGCAUUUGAAAGAGGAAGCCUCGGUAUUAGACCAACUCCAAUUUUGGACAGAUUGGAAUAAGUGGCAGAGAAAUGAUAGACUGAGUCUUCAUCUUGUUGAAGAUUUUAAGGUUUCACCAGUAAAACUCAAGGAUCUGAAAGAUACUUUAGUCGUCAGAAAGUUUGGAACCGUUGAGCCGGACAAUUACUGGUAUCGUGUCUGUGAAGGAGAGGCAGAAUCUGUUAUCCAAAGACCGUGGCACAUGUUAUGGAAGUCAAGAAGGUUGAUGGACAUAGUCUCUGCAAUUGCAUCGAGGUUAAACUGGGAUUACGAUUCUGUUCAUAUUGUAAGAGGGGAGAAAACAAUAAACAAAGAAUUAUGGCCUAAUCUUGAUAGGGAUACUUCACCCGAUUCUCUUCUUACAACAUUGAAGGACAAGAUUGAAGAAGGAAGAAACCUUUAUAUUGAUACAAAUGAGCCCGAUAAGUCAUUUUUUGACCCGUUGAAAGACAAGUACACAACACAUUUUCUAGACGAAUACAAGGAUUUAUGGGAAGAAAACAGUGAGUGGUCUUCUGAGACAACGAAGCUCAAUAACGGGGCUCCUGUUGAAUUCGAUGGGUACAUGAGGAUAUCGGUUGAUACAGAAGUGUUUUUGAGAGGGAAAAAGCAGCUCGAGACGUUCAAUGAUCUUACUAGUGAUUGCAAAGAUGGGGUAAACACUUGCACUACUUCCUCUAGUUAGUCUUAAAUCUUAAUAUAAUGUUCUUAGAAAGUCUCAUUUGUUUAGUUUGAUGAUGCCUUCUUCCACUUAUUUAUGGUAAAAUAACUCUUAUAUCCUUUGUUAGUUUUGUCCUUUUAUUUUGUGACUUUAACUGUUUUGUAAUGAUCGAGUAUGAUUUUAACGAGUACCUGGAAAUACUCAAUUCUCUGUA